GGUAGAAUGCCAGAAUUCACAUUUCCGCGCCAAUUGAGUUUUUGAUGCCGGUGGAUACUGGACACUGACCGACUGACCUGUGAUUCUGUGUUCACCUGACACGUUUAAGGAAUUUUUAUCUACUUAUUUAAAAUAUUAUAAAAGUGCGAUGGCGUCAAAUGAAGAAAAUGAUGAAAAUAAAAAAAAACUCAACUAUGACGAGUUAGAUGUGUAUAGUAAACUAGAAGUUAAACUUAAAGCACGUAACAAAGUUAUUUGUCGCAAAGAAAUUACCCUGCCCUGCGCUCAUGUUGAAGACACCGAUCUUUCUGAUGUUUUGGAAGCUAAUAAUAUUCCUUCAGUUAAACUAAAUAGACGUUUGCAGGAUAAUACACAAUCAAUUAGUACAUUGAUGGAUAAUAUCCGCCAACUGAAACGUACUUCAGAAUUGGAAAUGGAUUUUGUUAUCGAUCAUGGAAGAAAUGAAAAUGAUGAGGUCAGUCAAAUAGUUACACAACUUCGACAGCAAUCUGAAAAACUUUUUAAAAACAUUAUUCAUACUCAAGUUGCUUUUAAUGAAUGUUUAAGUUUGACGGACAAUUUAGAAAACAAAGAGCAUAUCAAAAAUCACUUAAAAUUAAUAGAAAAAACUUGUAAAUUUGAUAGAGGUGUAGAAUCAGUAAUCGGUUGUAACAAAGAUAAAUUAGAAAAACAUAUUGACAAAAACUUGAAGAUUGAAAAUAUCGAAGAAUUUAAAAAUGUGUGUAAUGAAUUGGUCCAAGGAAUAGUAACUACAACUUAUGAAGCCGGUGUAAAAACAUAUAAAAAUCAUGAGCAUUUAUUAGCAAUCAAACAAUUCAAUAAACCUAGCGAUGGAUUAGUUGCAGAAGAGUUGAUAGUUGGGAAGUUAGAUCCAUAUACAAGACAACCAAUUACCAAACCAGUAUCCAACAAAGUUUGCAAACACAUAUAUGAUCAAGAAUCAGUUAAUCAAAUGUUUCAGAAUAAACAAUUUAUAUCUUGUCCAUAUAUUGGAUGUACUAAUAAACAUUUUACAAAAGCUGAUCUGAAUGUUUCCAUAAAUAGUGACAAUCAUUAAAUAUUAUAUGCUUAAGUGAAAAAGGAACUGUAAUUUUUUUAUUUACUGUUAAGAAAUACUUUUUGAGUUAUAUGUAUAAAUUAAUUUAUGUAUAAAAGAAGUUGAAUUGAGAUUAAGUCAUUCAAGAUUACCAUAAUAAUUAUUUUUUAUACCUAUUUAACAUUUAUAGAUACUUAA